AUGCUCGAGGCUACCGACAAAUCGAGCGUUUCAAAUCCAAGAAGUGGUAGCAUUCACACGCGUUCGCAAUCGAGUUCCAAACAACAAGUAUCUUGCGUCGCGACAGUCAAACCUAAGUGCAGUUACUGCCAGGGUGAACAUUCUAUUUAUUAUUGUAAGGGCUUCUUAGGACUCCCGGUAUCACAAAGGACAUCGAAAGCUCGCAGCCGAAAGAUGUGCCUCAAUUGCUUGCGAUCCUUUUCCCACGUCUCAAGCAAAUGUACGUCAGGAAGUUGUAAAGUUUGUCAAGCAAAACACAAUACGCUGCUUCACGCAACGGCGACACCAGCAAAUUCCUCGGACCACGGCGGGGACGGCAGUAAAGGGUCUCCAGCGGUUAGUCAGGUAGCUAGCCCUGUCACUAGCGUAUCUAGUUUGGUUGGAGGCAGUCACGUCAUGUUGUCUACGGCUAUCGUUUACGCGUGUGAUAGUCAAGGUUCACUUACGCCGUGUCGCGCAUUGCUAGAUUGCGGUUUGCAAGCAAACUUCAUGUCAAAGAAUCUAGCAAACCGUCUCGGAUUAAAGCCGGAGUACCUAAACGUGUCUAUUUCCGGCAUAAGCGGCACCGCCGCGACUUCUACGCAAGUAGUUCAAGUUAGAAUACAGUCCCAAUUAAAUUCAUAUGCAAAUUCCAUCAGUUGCAUUGUUACAGAUCGUGUGACCAAAAGGCUCCCAGCGUUCACUCUGAAGCGCAGAGCGUUAGAUCUCCCACGCAAUCUCCGGUUGGCCGAUCCUCAAUUUCAUGUUUCGUCGGAAGUGGAUCUCUUGCUCGGAGCGAAUAUAUUUUGGGACCUGCUGUGCGUAGGGCAGAUCAAGGCUUCUAACAAGCAUCCAACGCUUCACAAAACGCUGCUAGGAUGGGUCCUUGCAGGUCGAUUUUGUGGUUCGACUCAACCACCUCCUAAAGUACACUCGUGUCAUGCCGUCGUAACGAAUGUUCAGUUGCACGAGCAGCUGAGUCGCUUCUGGCAAUUAGAUCAGAAUUUCGACCAGGUAAACAGUUACACUAUUAACGAGAACCUGUGCGAACAACACUUUUUAAAGAAUGUAACUCGAAACUCACAGGGUAGGUUCGUAGUCAAACUGCCUAUCAAAGAGCAGGUGUUGCGCAGGCUCGGAGAUUCACGUGACAUCGCGUUAAAGCGGUUGAGGAGCCUGGAAAGACGCUUUCAACGCGAUCCGGAUCUUAAAGAUCAGUACACACGGUUCAUCAAGGAGUAUUUGUCGUUGGGUCAUAUGCGACUUCUCGACUCGCAAUCCGUUGACGAUUCCAUGUCCUGCUACCUACCGCAUCACUGCGUGUACAAGGUCACGAGUCAGUCACGCAAACUACGCGUUGUAUUUGACGCGUCCUGCAAGACUAGCAGUGGCGUGUCUUUAAAUGACGCUCUCAUGAUCGGUCCGGUCGUGCAGCAAGACUUAAUGUUUAUACUGAUUCGGUUUCGCAGUUUUCGUUACGCCUUCACGGCGGACAUAGUAAAAAUGUACCGUCAAGUUUUGUUAGACCCUUCGCAAACGCGCUUGCAGCGAAUCCUGUGGCGCGACAAUCCUAACGACAGAGUCGACGCUUACGAGUUGACUACGAUCACCUAUGGCACUUUGUCUGCGUCUUACCUGGCUACAAGAGGGCGUGUUCCGUUUGACCACACUGAACAGCAUUCGUCUCAGUUUCCCGUUGGUUCGUCCCGCGUCAAACGGGAUUUUUACAUGGACAAUCUGCUCACAGGAGCGGACUCUCUGGUCGAAGCCAGACUAGCUCGAGACAAAAUCGUAAAGUUGUUACAGCUGGGGUUGUUCGAGUUGAGCAAAUGGGCGUCUAAUUGCCCAGAGUUGCUCGAGAACCUGGAGGAUCGAGGUCGAGAACUCGUUGUCAUAAAGGAUGAAACAGAUUCGUGUAUUCUAGGGGUUCAGUGGAAUCAGGCUACAGACACGUUCCAUUUUUCUUAUGAGCUAGGUUUGACAUGUAACGUUGCCUCUAAGCAAACGAUUCUGUCCGAAAUUGCAAGGCUAUUCGACUCACUGGGCCUUUUGGGGCCGGUCGUUGUUAUCGCAAAAAUAAUACUUCAGGAUCUCUGGCAAGCGGACGUCCAGUGGGACGAGUCCGCACCUCAGAAGAUCCAUACUCGCUGGUCUAGACUUAAGUCUCAGCUGGCCAGCUUGAACCAGAUGCAAGUUUCCCGUGGUGUCAAGUUCAGGUCGGAUCCGCGUCUCGUGCAGUUACACGGGUUUUGCGACGCCAGUCAACGAGCGUACGGGGCCUGCGUGUACGUUCGCACUCGGCUCGGACCAAACGAGUGUCGUUCCGAGCUGCUGUGCUCAAAGUCUCGGGUCGCACCACUCAAGGCGGUGUCUUUGCCACGACUCGAGGUUGUCCGCAGCGUUGCUGCUAGCUCGGUCUUUCUCUGGUCGGACUCCACCAUCACUUUAAACUGGAUAGCUUUGCCGUCCAGAAAGUGGACGGUGUUCGUGGCGAAUAGAGUCGGAGAGAUACAACGUUUAACCGAUGUUAAGGAUUGGCGUCAUGUAGCUUCGCACAGUAAUCUUGCUGAUCAUUUGUCGCGCGGAUUAGAUCCUUACGAGCUGUCUAGUGCGUCGCUGUGGUGGCAUGGGCCUUCUUUCUUACAGGCAGAGGAGGAACGUUGGCCAGACACCAACUUUCAACAGUUAAAGGACAAUGUACCUGAACAAAGAUUAGUAGUUGCCCCCGUAGCCGUAGUGGAAAAUCACGUCGUCAACGAGCUUCUAGACAGGGUCUCCAGCCUCAACAGGGCGUGCCGUGUCGUGGCUUAUUGCUUAAG